AUGCUACUACGUGAUGAACAAUGGUUGCGUGGAGGAGAAAAUGCCUUCUUCGAGAGACCUGAUGAGGCUAUUAAUAGUCAUCUUAAGCCUCUCAUUAUUACUGGGAAGAUCAAAGGUUUCCCCAUUAAUAAAAUCUUAGUGGACUGCGGUGCAACAGUGAAUUUAGUGAUGUAUCAUAUGCUGAGAAAAAUUGGCAAGUACGAUACCGAUGCCAAACCCUACAAUAUGGUGCUUUCUAAUUACGAGGGAAAUGUGGGUUCCACUCUUGGUGUAAUCCAGGUCAAAUUAACUGUAGGAACUGUCACCAGAUCCACAAUUUUUAUGGUUGUGAAGAUGAAGGUUAACUAUAACAUGUUACUUGGAAGAGAACAUAUACACGGGGUUGAGGUUGUGCCAUCCUCAAUGCAUCAACGAAUCAUCAUAUGGCGUCUAGAUCGUAUUGUGGAGAAUAUAUAA